UUCGCGACUUCCUCCCCCCCAAGUCCCUUUCUCACUAUUCUCUCUUUCCCCCCUCUCAGAUCCCUUUUGCCAGGACGAUAGAGUGAAUCGCCGCACCACCACCACCGCGUGCGCGCCAGGAAUCCCCACACACCAUGUCCGCACUCGCUGCAGACCUGCUCGUUUAUACGCUGAAUUCAUUGGUCGCCUCGGCGUCCGGGAGUGAUGUCGAGGAGAAGACGCCCAUCCAGAUUGCCAGUCAGGUCAUCGGUUUGAUGUCCAUCCUGGCAUGGCUCUUUGCCCAGCUCCCUCAGCUGUAUGCCAACUACAAGAACAAGGAUACCACUGCCCUCUCAGUAGGCUUCCUCUUCCUCUGGCUGUUGGGAGACAUCUCCAACCUCGUUGGGUGUAUCCUCACGGAUCAGCUCGUCACCCAAACCAUCACGGCCAUCUACUUCUGUCUGGUGGACGCCUGCCUCUGGUCCCAAUUCUUCUAUUACCGCUGGUACAACUCUCGCCGCAACACCACGGCCCCUCAGCCGGUUCCGUCGAUGACCGACCAGCUCGGUGACAAUGAUGACCUGAUCAGCAGCAGCAACUCCUCCUACCAGGAGAACACCACCUCGGCUGCCGGUUCCCCCGGCGCUGUCCCCUUCUAUUCGGCCGCGCUCAUGACCUCGGGUCUGCUUGGUGUCGGCGCCGUGGCCUCCAUUGCCUCCUUGAGCGCCGGGGCUGGGCUCAUCCCGGGCGGCGCGUCCGCCCCCACGUCCGAGGUUCUCGCGUCGGCUGGCCUGGCCGGUGUCUCGGAGUUCCUGACCGCCGCCGCCGAGACCGCCAGCGGCUCCACCGACCCCACCUACAUCAUUGGCCUUGUGAUUGCCUGGCUCUGUACCUCGCUCUAUCUUGGCUCGCGCGUCCCGCAGAUCUUCCACAACUUCAAGCGCCAGAGUGUCGAGGGCCUUAGUCUCCAGCUGUUCAUCUGCGCGGCUCUCGGUAACCUCUUCUACUCGGUCUCCAUCUUCCUGUACUCGGUCGAUCCGGACUACCUGCUGGAGCGCCUGCCCUACCUGCUUGGCAGUGCCGGUGUGCUGGUCUUCGACUUCAUCAUCACCAUCCAGUUCUGGUAUUACAACCACUACCGUUCCCGGAGCAACUACACCUCCCUCAACCAGCCCGCCGCGGCCUAGGUCCGGUGCCGUGUUCAUAUGCCGGAUGCCGGUGAGCGAGCGCAGCAUCAGCGGGCUUUCCCUGCUCCCCACCCUCCCUCCCUCCCCUAGGAGAGGCGGAGGGGGGAGGCGCACCUGUUGCGGCGCUCGGCCACUUCGUGUUCUCUUGUUCUUCAGGGGGCGCCUUUUGCGCGCACGUGCGCCCUCUACGUUCUCGUGCAUCCGGCCCUCCUUUCGCUGCCGGUCUUGCGCCGGCAUGCCUCCUUCCUCCUUGUCCUUCUGCGACUACGUGUUGUCCCCCUCCUCGCCUUGUCACGCACGUGUACAUCCACACACCGAGGCAAAAUGCGUAGGCGCCCCACCGCCCUCCCUUGGCCCGCGCGCCGGCACACACUCCCCAAGCGGAGCUGCGCCGCAUCGCCCACCUCCCCCCAAUAGAGAGAGUACAAUGCGGUUGUGCUCCCCCCUCCCCCAACAGCAAUUUUGUCC